AUGGCCAACGGCGACCGCCUCGCCGGAGCACCGUCCCCGCCGCCCAUGCCGCCGCCGCUGCCCCCGUCACUAAGCAGGCCGUCGAAUCGGCCACCGUCGGAGAACCACCUGGCAAUCUCCGUGCCGCUGCUCUCGCUCGCCGGCUCCGCCGCCGAUGCAGACGCGCCGCUGGCGCGGUGGCUCCGGCGGCUCGAGGCGUUCCUCGCGGUGUCGGGCCUCUCUGCCUCGACCCCUCUCGGCGUGGCCUUCGCGGCGUCCGCGCUGGCGGUGGUGGGCGUAGCGCUGCCCGCGGUGGCCGUGAGCCUCUCCCCGUGCCGUAAGCACGAGCGGGUCUGCGACGACUUCGAGGUUGAGAUGUUCGAGGUGUGCGUCGCCUGCGUGUCGAGGAAGAUGGCCAUGUACGGCCUCCGCAAGUUCCUCUUCGUUGACCCGGAUCUUGGCAUGCGGAUCCGCUUCCAGAAGGAGUACGUCGUCAGGAUCCAGGACUUCUUCCGAACACUUAUGUGGUGGAUAUUGCCAUGCCUUGCUGUGAAGGUCACCCGAGAGAUGUUCCGCUUUUCCCACAUGUUCCAUCAGUCAAUUUGGAGGUCAUGCAUUGUGCUAUUUGCUUCCAUCAUGUCAUGGAUGUAUUUGACGACAAUUGUGUUGUCUUCCUGCAUGCUUUUCAACUUGGUUUGCAAUCUACAAGUUAUACACUUUGAUGAUUACGGCAAAGUUCUAGAGCAAGACGCGGAUCCUCUAGUCUAUCUGAAAGAGCACCUGCAACUCCGCCAUAAUCUCUCCAAAAUCAGUCACAGGUUCCGCAUGUUCCUUUUGCUGCUCUUCUUUUCUGUUACAGCAAGCCAGUUCGCCAUUCUUUACAAGACAACAGCAUACAACGGGCCAAUCAAUUUCACUAAUGGUGGUGAUAUAGCUGUAUCUUCAGUUGUUCAAGUUGUAGGCCUUGUCCUUUGUUUACACGGAGCUGCUAAAAUUUCUCACAGAGCUCAAAACAUUGCCGCAAUAGCUAGUCGAUGGCAUGCUUUAGCGACAUGCUCUAGUGAUUCUACAUAUGUAAGCACCCCGAAUGAUUCUGGGAACCUAGUGCCCUUUCCAGCACAUAUGUUUUUGAGAGAUUGCUCGGAAAGUGACUUGGAGUCUAUGGAAAGUGGCUCAAUGCAAGGCAAUUCUCAUAACACAGCUCAACUGGCAUCUUACAUGUCUUCAUACCACAAGAGAGAAUCGCUUGUGCUCUAUCUGCUAACCAACCCUGGGGGCAUCACGCUAUACGGUUGGAUUGUCGACCGGACAUUCCUCAACACGAUCCUGAUGCUCGAGCUAACCCUUGUGCUGUUCGUGCUCAGCAAGACCAUUGUGAUCCCAGCGAAAACGCUAGUCAACAGUUACAUGAGUUUCCCGUGA